AUGCUUCCGCCGACUCGAGUUGGUUUUGAAACGUGACGUUUGAGUGAGAGCUCCUCUUAUUUGUCGAUCUUUGUACCAAGUCAGCUGAUCCAAGAACGCCCAAGUUACAAAACAUUGGAAUCGGCAGCAGCUCACGACGGGACGGUGACAGGAAGACACACGCACAAAUAAAUAACGAGUAUAACCUGACCUCCUAUUGUAUGUAGUCACCAGGAUACUUCUAUGAAUGGAUCCGACUCCCUCUACUCCGGCACCGGCAGCAUUCCAAGGCGACUGCGAGACAGGGCCAGGUUCUGGUUGGGGCUGGUGGCCUUCCUGGCGCCCAACAUCCAUGUCCCUAUUGAAGGCGACGGAGAGCAAGAUUCUUAGCUGUAUUCAAAAUAAUCUCUGGGCCAGGUUUGUGACCCUUCCAUCUCAAGAUCGAAUAUGGACUCUUACGCUUACCAACAAAACGGUCCCAAAAUCCGCAGAGCAAGAUUCCAAAAUGCCACUAGUGAUGGUCCAUGGCUUUGGAGGAGGGGUAGGCCUAUGGAUCCGGAACCUGGAUGCGCUGAGCCGCUCGCGGCCUGUGUACGCCUUCGACCUCCUCGGCUUCGGCAGGAGCUCCAGACCUUCGUUCCCUUCUGACGCUGCCAAAGCAGAAGAGCAUUUUGUCAACUCCAUUGAGCAGUGGAGACAAUCCGUAGGCUUGGAGAACAUGAUUCUGUUGGGCCACAGCUUGGGCGGAUACCUGGCGACAUCCUAUGCCAUCCAACACCCUUCAAGAGUGUCGCAUCUCAUCCUGGUCGAUCCCUGGGGUUUCCCCGAAAGACCACAGAUCCAAGACCAGGAGAACCAAGGUCAGACCACAGAGUUGGUCAAGAGGCCGUCUCCACCUCGCUGGGUGAAAGCCAUCGUUUCCGUCGUCUCCCUCUUCAAUCCUCUGGCUGUCAUCCGAGCCGCGGGCCCCUGGGGUCCGGGUUUGGUGAACCGAUUUCGUCCGGAUUUCAAAAGAAAAUUUGAAGACUUGUUUGAUGACGACACCAUGACGCAGUACAUCUACCACUGUAACGCGCAGCCCCCGAGUGGCGAGGUGGGUUUCCGGGCCCUGUCUGAGUCUUUGGGUUGGGCCAAGAGACCUAUGCUGCAGCGCAUCCAUUUGUUACCCAGCUCCAUGCCGCUCACCAUUCUUUACGGAGCGCAGUCGUGGGUUGAUAGUUCCUCUGGGGACAAAGUGGUUCAAGUUCGGGGCCCCGCUCGCACCAAAGUGCUGCUGAUAAAUGAUGCCUCUCACCACGUGUAUGCCGACCAACCGGAGAAGUUCAACAGAGUGGUCGAAAAUCUAUGCGACUCGGUUAACUGAAUCGAGUUUGUGGGUAGUAAAACUGUAUAUGUCCACUACGUACUGUCUGCAUAAAGCCAAGUUCCCGAAGGUUUCUGAAAGUGCAGUGUAUCUUCGGAUAGUCUUCCAUGAGUAGGAAUGAUGUUUCGUCCUCAUGUCAUAUUAAUAAGUUUCAUUUAUUUAAUAAAAACUAUUUUCUUUA